UGCCGGCGGACCUGACUCCAGAAGAAGUGAUAGAACUAGAAAAUAUCCGACUACGCAAGCAGGAGCUCUUGGUUGACAUUCAGCGGUUGAAGGAUGAGAUAGCAGAGGUUACGAAUGAGCUUGAAAACCUUGGUUCAACAGAAGAGAGAAAAAAUAUGCAGCGGAAUAAACAAAUGGCAAUGGGUCGGAAGAAAUUCAAUAUGGAUCCCAAGAAGGGGAUUCAAUUCCUGAUUGAAAAUGAGCUAUUAAAGAAUACUCAAGAGGAUAUCGCACAGUUUUUGUAUAAAGGAGAGGGACUAAACAAGACUGCAAUUGGGGAUUAUCUUGGAGAGAGAGAUGAAUUCAAUCUCAAGGUUCUCCAUGCAUUUGUGGAGCUUCAUGAAUUCACAGACUUAAAUCUGGUGCAGGCUUUGCGUUCUGUUCAUUUCACAUUUUACCUCUUUAAGUAUUUUUCUAAUGAAGGCACUAUAAUAAAUUGUAUUAAUGUACAAACCUGUAGUCUGGUUUCCUUUGCAGAUACAUGCUAUGUUUUAUCUUUUGCGAUUAUUAUGCUGAAUACCAGCCUACACAAUCCAAAUGUAAAGGAUAAGCCCAGCGUGGAAAGGUUUAUUCUGAUGAACAGAGGAAUAAACGACGGUGGUGACUUGCCUGAAGAACUAUUACGAAAUCUCUACGAAAGUAUUAAGAACGAACCAUUCAAAAUUCCAGAAGAUGAUGGCAAUGACCUGACCCACACGUUCUUCAAUCCAGAUCGAGAAGGCUGGCUUCUUAAAUUAGGUGGAAGAGUGAAAACGUGGAAGCGACGUUGGUUUAUUCUGACUGACAACUGCUUGUACUACUUUGAAUACACCACGGACAAAGAACCCAGAGGAAUCAUUCCCCUUGAAAACCUCAGCAUCCGAGAAGUAGAAGACUCAAAAAAGCCAAAUUGCUUUGAGCUUUACAUUCCAGAUAAUAAAGACCAGUUUAUUAAGGCUUGCAAGACGGAGGCUGAUGGACGAGUGGUAGAAGGAAGUCAUACAGUUUACAGGAUAUCUGCACCAACCCUAGAGGAGAAAGAUGAAUGGAUAAAAAGUAUAAAGGCAGCAAUCAGCAGAGACCCUUUCUAUGAAAUGCUAGCGGCGAGAAAGAAGAAAGUAUCCUCAACUAAGAAGCAUUAGGAUGACAGCAUUUUUUUGCAACUUGAUUCAAUUAUCUUUCUAAUGACCAUAUGACCUGAGGAGGUCAAUUUUCGAGUAUCAAUAACCACAGUGCUUUCUAGGGCUGGAUAUGUGCUUGUGCUGGAGCAAAGUGCUGAAAGCUAGAAGGCUCUUUUGUUGCCUGUUCCUCAACUAAUGAGGAUAUAGUUUUUACUCCAAAAUCUCUCAAUAUUCCUCUGCACAGCUGGUCUGUUUGUGGAGUCCAGGGCCGCUACUUUACCUCCUCAAAGCUUUAUAUUUCUUAUCAAGGGGCUCUUGAUAUAACAUUUUUUUUGGAAGGGGCCUAUGAUUCUAUCAGCCGUAUUCAAAGGACUGGUAUGACUGAAAAUCCAUGUCAGCUCGAGAAAUCGAUAUGUAGAAAGCUAUGGAAAACAUUCAUCAUGGAAAGUUGGUAAAGCCAGAGUCUCUGCGUUUCAUCUGCCAAUGAAAAGUUUACUAGGUGUUGGGCAAAGAAUCAAGGUGUCGGCAAAACGAGGGUGUGCAAACAGUCCAAACUGAUGGAGCAAGAUAUGUGGUGACAUGCGAAUUGGAAAAUGAAGAUAUUCCAGGAAUGAAACCAGUUAUAUUAUAACUGAAAGAAUUGUGCAAAAAGAAUCAUCUGUCCAUCAGACAGUACAUUUUGACUUAAUUUUUUAAUUAAAGCUUUUUGUUAAUAUAUGUUCUACUUUUUCUUGUUGAUUUUCAUUAUUCAAUGCACUGGCGAACAAUUACGGAAAAAAGAGAUGACUAAGCAGUAUUAGUCUAUUUAUCAGAGCUGUAUAUACUUAAUGUAUAAAUUUUCUUUUUGUACUUAUUCAAUUGAUUUUAAGUUGUGAGGAUAAAUUGUUGGAGUAAGGUUUUCGAUCUUUGCCAUUCAUACUUGUAGUUUAGCACAGACAAACCAGAUCGAAGAAAUCAAAUUUUAUGUAAUAACAAAGAGAUCUCCCUCCUGUACUUUUUAAUUGUACACUGUUUCUCGUCCUAAAGAAAACUUCAUCCUCAUCAGCUGAAUGCCCAAUUUUUGUGUGAUAUUUCGGUAUCUUGGUCAGUGAAAUUGUUUGUUUGAUUCUGUUAUAUGUAACCAUUAAAAGCUUUUAAUUGUGAUACCAAUUUUUACAUGAUUUGUAAAAUAUACUAAAUGCUUCCUCUAACAAUUGGCAAUAUAAAUUUUUAAAGCUUG